CUCCAAGCUCGCUCAAGGCAACUCACAGAUUACGGAAGGCAUUCGGUGACACACUCCAACCCCAAACAAUCACGACCACAGCAGCAACGAUUCGACUCUCUUUGAUCAUAGAUUAUCCACCAGUACCUUCGUAAUUAAAGAACUCUCAUAUCAAACCCCCGCAACACUAUUAUACGAUUGGAGAGCUGCGGUCCUCAUCAUGCCUUCCGCAACCGGCUCCAACUGGGAAAAGUACCAGAAGAACUUUGCCGACGAUGAGAUAGAGGAGAAGAAGAUUACACCUCUAACAGACGAGGAUAUUCAGGUUCUCAAGACGUACGGUGCCGCGCCUUAUGGUACAUCUAUCAAGAAGCUCGAGAAGCAGAUCAAGGAGAAGCAACAAAGUGUCGAUGAGAAGAUCGGCGUCAAGGAAUCCGACACAGGACUCGCGCCCCCCCAUCUAUGGGAUGUCGCCGCCGACCGUCAGCGAAUGUCUGAAGAGCAACCUUUCCAGGUGGCACGUUGCACGAAAAUCAUAGCUGACGAGAAGGGCGAUGAGGCCAAGAGCAAAUAUGUGAUCAACGUCAAGCAAAUCGCAAAAUUCGUUGUCCAGCUUGGAGAGCGCGUCAGUCCUACCGACAUCGAAGAAGGUAUGCGCGUGGGUGUCGACAGGAACAAGUACCAAAUUAUGCUUCCCCUACCGCCCAAAAUCGAUGCGAGCGUUACGAUGAUGACGGUGGAGGAGAAGCCCGAUGUCACCUACGGCGAUGUUGGUGGUUGUAAGGAGCAGGUUGAGAAGCUACGGGAAGUUGUUGAAAUGCCUCUACUGUCUCCUGAGCGCUUCGUCAACCUCGGUAUUGAUCCUCCCAAGGGGGCUCUGCUCUACGGUCCUCCUGGUACCGGAAAGACCCUCUGUGCCCGAGCUGUUGCCAACCGAACAGACGCCACCUUCAUCCGAGUUAUUGGUAGUGAGCUGGUUCAGAAAUAUGUCGGCGAGGGCGCAAGGAUGGUUCGAGAGCUGUUCGAGAUGGCCCGUACAAAGAAGGCAUGCAUCAUUUUCUUCGACGAGAUCGACGCCAUCGGUGGUGCUCGAUUUGACGAUGGUGCUGGUGGAGACAACGAGGUUCAGCGAACUAUGCUGGAGCUUAUUACGCAGCUUGACGGUUUCGACGCUCGUGGAAACAUCAAGGUCAUGUUCGCCACCAACAGGCCCUCUACAUUGGAUCCUGCCCUCAUGCGACCCGGUCGUAUCGAUCGAAAGAUCGAGUUCUCACUGCCCGAUCUUGAGGGCCGUGCUAACAUUUUGCGCAUCCACGCUAAAUCCAUGUCGGUUGAGCGGGACAUCCGGUGGGAGCUCAUCUCUCGUCUCUGCCCCAAUGCAACGGGUGCUGAGCUGCGUAGUGUUUGCACUGAGGCCGGCAUGUAUGCCAUUCGCGCAAGGAGAAAGGUUGCAUCCGAGAAGGACUUCCUCAGUGCAGUUGACAAAGUCAUCAAGGGUAACCUUAAGUUCAACUCGACGGCGACGUAUAUGCAGUACAACUAGACAUACUCACCAUAAGGCAAGGUGUAUUUUAAUGCGGUGUAUGAAUACAGGGCAAUUGGAUGGCGGGAAUAUAGACGUCACAAUGGAAAAAUUGCUUCUAUGAACAU